AUGCAGAUCCUGGCACUGAUUUGUGCCCUGUUGGCGCUGGCCAUCACCGUAACGGCUGCCAAGUCCGGCAAAGAAUGUAGGCGGAACGAUUGCGAGUGUGAGCGAACGAUUGUCCGAGGUCCCGCACCGCAACCAUACCCGUUCUACAAAAAGAAAAAGUGCAACGUGACGAAACCACUUGAGCUGAAACCGACACAUGAUGUGUGUUCCUGUGAGCAGGAGCACCGCGUGCGACCGUCGGUGAUUGAACGCGUGGAGCCCAAGUUUGCCAAAUCGCGAUCGUGUGAAUGCGGCUAUGAAAACCACGGCGCAGCCCCUGUGAAAAAGUAUCCAGCGGAUCAGAUCAGUCGCCAACUGGUGCUGGAGUACGCGAGAAAGACGAAGAUCAGCGAAUCCGAUCUGCACGUGCACGGUCGUCCCAUCACCCCACCGCCACCCCCUAAGAACGAUGUCAUUCAGGAGGAACGACUGUUCAAAAACACGUUGCACGUGCUGGAGAUGAAACAGCCGAAAAAGCGCAUCACGCAUCGCGUGCAAUCGUCGGAGGAAACGGAAGGUGUUCCUUGUCAUCCGAAGGAGGAAAGCUACUGCGCGAUUUGUUACGGCAAAGUCGAAGCCCGUGAUCCCAAGUUUGAGCUACUACGCCAGGAUGGUCCAGUGUGCGAGGUGUGUAAGGAUCUCUCAAGGUCCGAGGAACUCGAGGAAGUUGAAGACAUUGGGACGGAAGCGCCACCGAAAUCCCAUCACUGCAACAAAUGCAAGCAACCGAAGAAGUCAUGUGGCUGCCAGGAGCAAUAUGAUAGCUACGACUCAGAAUCAUCGGAUGAGGAUGACUGUCCACUGAGACGGCGUGCGCGGGCGAUCCGUACGUCGGAAGAUGCGGUGCCAGCGGUGCCAGCGGUGCCAGCGGUGCCAGCGGUGUAA